AUGGAUCCACGCCUUCCAUACCACCAGAGACCAAAGCCGGCCCUCGUCGACGAGGUGAAUAUCGACGAAUCGGUCCGGAAAGAUAUGAAAGGGAUCGACCCGGCAAUCACAUCCCACGAGCUAAACGUGGACUCUACCUACAAACCCAUGAGACAGAAAAGACGCAAGCUCGGCGCCGAUAAAGCUCAAGCAGUCAAUGAAGAAGUGGAAAAGCUACUUAGAGCCGGAUCGAUCACUGAAGUAAAAUACCCCGAAUGGCUAGCAAAUCCAGUCGUCGUCAAAAAGAAAAACGGAAAGUGGAGAGUCUGCGUCGAUUUCACAGACCUGAAUAAAGCAUGCCCAAAGGAUAGCUUCCCUUUACCGCAUAUCGAUCGCCUCGUCGAGGCCACGGCAGGGAAUGAAUUACUAUCCUUCAUGGACGCCUUUUCAGGAUACAAUCAGAUCUUCAUGCAUCCCGAUGAUCGCGAGAAGACGGCAUUCAUUACCGAUCGUGGCACCUAUUGCUAUAAAGUGAUGCCUUCGGCCUGA